UUAACGGCGAGACUAGUUCAACUGACCGUCAGCAAAUUCACUAUCGCAGGUAAUUUCUGGGAAUUUUGGGGUAAACAUCUGCGCUGGUUUGUUUCCAUCGUGUGGUUUGAAGUUGAGUUUAGUUGUCGAUACCACAGCAGAACACUAUGAAUCAAGAGAAGCUCGCCAAACUUCAGGCACAGGUCCGGAUAGGUGGAAAGGGAACGGCCCGCAGGAAGAAAAAGGUUGUUCACAAAACGGCAACAGCUGACGACAAAAAACUGCAGGGCUCUCUGAAGAAGCUGGCAGUGAACAACAUCGCAGGGAUAGAAGAGGUGAAUAUGAUAAAAGACGACGGGACAGUGAUUCACUUUAACAACCCCAAAGUUCAGGCGUCUCUCUCUGCCAACACCUUUGCCAUCACGGGCCACGGCGAGACCAAACAGCUGACAGAGAUGCUGCCUGGCAUCCUGAGCCAGCUGGGAGCCGACAGCCUCAGCAGCCUGCGCAAGCUGGCUGAGCAGUUCCCACGGCAAUCAGCAAUGGACAUGAAAGCAGUCAAGGAGGAAAAUGCAGAGGAGGAUGACGACGAUGUCCCAGAUCUUGUGGAGAACUUUGAUGAAGCCUCAAAGAAUGAAGCAAACUGAUGAUUUUCCUCUCUUAUUUUUUUUUUUUAAAUGCCCCUUCAGUCAGCUGUUUUAUUAUUAUUUUUUUUUAAACUUCUCAUGGACCCACAAAGGGCACUUCCUUUUGUGGGGGAAUGGUUGUUAAAGGUGCAGUGCAUCAUCUCCAGAGAUCUGAACCACUUUGGGUUAGCCUGCAGCAGCACUACGACACACACUCACACCCACACACACACACACACACACACACACAAGUUCUAAUUUCACAUGGUGGUGACAUUGUAUCUGUUUAACUCUCAGCACCCAAAGGACUCCAAAUACUUUAGACAUAAACUUGUUAUAUGGUUAAACGUGACUAGUAUUUAAGAGAUUAUUAAAUUACUGUUAAAGUGAAUGAGUUAUUCACUUAACAUUAUAGUCGUGAUUAUGAAUUUAAUAAAACAUUUUUGGGCUAAUAA